UUGAAAAACAAAAGGAAAAGAAGAGCUGGCAACCCAUCUCCCUUCUUCAUUCCCUUUCUCACGCUCCUCUUUCUUCAUUUUCUACAUUCCACAACCAUAAACGCCACAGUACAUGUAGGUUCAUAUUCUCUUUCUCUAUCUCCAAAUAAAAAACUUAUCCUUUAAAUUCAGAUUUUCAACUUUUCCGCAGAUAAAUUUGAGAUUUGCUUCUGGGUGGUGAGAAUUGCCAGUAGAAGGGUCCUGUAGGGUUGGGUUAGUUUUCUCUGAUGGUUGGGCAUGGAAGAGCAAUUCAUUCUUAGAGUUCCACCUUCUAUUGCUGAGCGCAUAGAUCGCCUUUUAAGUGAAAAUGCUUCAUCUUCUGAGGACAAAUCACUAGAUUUGGUAUUUUCUGAGGAUGGGCGGACUGGGACAUUUGUCAUUGGCAAUGAUCGCUUCCCUGCCUCUCUCUUGGAUCUUCCUUCUGUUGUUGAGUCAUACAAAACUUAUGAUGAUAGUGCGCUAGUUAAAACAGCUGAUGUUGGCCAAAUGAUUAUGGUCAGAGAGCCAGGAGAUGCUUCUCCAGAUGUGGUGGAGUACAGACAUGGUCUCACUCCUCCGAUGAGGGAUGCACGGAAGCGAAGAUUUCGAAGGGAGCCAGAUCUAAAUCCAGAGCUUGUACAACGUGUUGAAAAGGAUUUGGUGAACAUCAUGUCUGGAGGAACAGUUGAAAGUCUUGAUGCUGAAGGCAAUGGGCAAGGAGAAGCUGUUGAUGAAGAUGCACGCAAUGCAAAUAAGAAAGCUCCAACUGCACCUGCUACAAAGCCUGAGGUUCCAGGUACAGGAGGCAAUGCUGGGGAGGCCUACGGAAGUGACUCUGAUGACUCUGACGAUUCGAUGUGAGUUCAAGUUUCAUGCAUGGCUUUUGUAGUUAUGUGAUUUAGAGGAGGGUUUCAGACCAUCAGCUAUCCAGAUGUGCUUUGGAAGAAGGUUCUUAGCUUCACUAUUUGUCAGGGUUAAAGGAUCUAAAGAACUGGGCUCUAUUGUUAUUAUCAACCCCUAUUUACCCCCUCCUUGUAAUCUUUGCCUCGUUUUCCUUUUGGGUUAUAUAACCUGUAGCGAGUUUCCUCCUUUUAGAAUGUUUUUUCUGAUACUGGAAAUGCUCCCUAUAUGUUAUUACUUGUCAAUAGUUUACUUGAUCAACCACAUGGAAGAAGUGCAUGUGUGAAUUGUGAUAUAUAUUAUUCAUCCUGAAUGGCAGUUCCCUCUUUGUCUA